AUGCACGCCCGAAUAGCCAAUCGCACGGCUUCCACCUUGCGAAGGGCAUUUCCAAGGCCAAAUAUCGCAUCGCCGUGGAUAUGCACCUCGUGUGAACUCCGUAGCCAAUUCAAUCGACGAUAUCUCGCGACUCAACCGCCCGCCAAAAAACCAUACUAUAUCACCACGCCCAUCUUCUACGUAAAUGCUGCUCCUCACGUCGGCCACUUGUAUACUAUGGUUCUGGCGGAUAUACAUAAGAGGUGGCAUGUCCUGAAAGGAGAAAAGGCCUUGCUUUGUACGGGGACGGAUGAGCAUGGGUUGAAGAUUCAGAGAGCGGCGGCGAAGGCGGGGGUAGACCCCAAGACAUUUUGCGACAGGGGCGCAGAGAUAUUCAAAGACCUCGCGAAGAAAGCUGAAAUUGCAAACGACCACUUCGUACGCACGACAGACAGGGAGCAUAAGGACGCAGUGCAAUACGCAUGGUUCUUGCUGCAAGAGAAGGGCCUUAUAUAUGAGCAGAAGCAUGAGGGGUGGUACUCUGUCUCAGACGAGUGUUUCUAUCCCCAGUCUGGUGUACAGCCAUGGCUUGACCCCGUCACAGGGCGUAAGAUUAUAACGUCCAUCGAAACAGGCAGCGAAGUCGAAUGGUCCUCUGAAGAAAACUACCACUUCCGCCUCUCCCUCUUCCGCGACAAGUUGCUCCAAUUCUUCAAAGAAAACCCCGAAUGGAUCACCCCAGAGCACCGCAUGAAAGAAGUCAUAGCCGCCGUCGAAUCCGGACUCGAAGACCUCUCGAUAUCUCGACCCUACGACCGCCUCAACUGGGGCAUCCGCGUCCCAGGCGACGACACGCAAACCAUUUACGUCUGGCUCGACGCGCUCCUCAACUACGCCACCAAAGCAGGCUAUCCCUGGGCCCCAGGCUACGAACACGCCGGCGGCUGGCCUGCAGACUGCCACGUGAUUGGCAAAGACAUUGUCCGCUUCCACUGCAUCUACUGGCCCGCCUUCCUCAUGGCCCUCAACCUCCCACUGCCCCGGAAAAUCAUGACGCACGCCCACUGGACGCUCUUUGGCAAGAAAAUGUCAAAAUCCACCGGCACCGUCGUCGACCCCUUUCACGCCCUCGACCGCUUCGGCCCAGACGUCAUGCGCUUCUACCUCGCGACCGACGGCGGUACCGUCGAUGAUGGCAACUACGACAACUCCCGCAUCAUCAAACUAUACACUACCUUUCUCAGCCAGCAACUGGGCAACAUGGCCUCGCGCGUCAUGCGCGGCAAGAAGUGGAGCGUCCGCGGCGCCGUGCAACGCGUAGGUGGCCGAUCGCCAGACGAAUGGGCCGAGGGGCCCGGCUCGAAAUUCUACAAGAAUAGCCUGUGCAAUGUGGCUGCGCAGAUGGACGAUGCGUUUGAAACGUAUGAUCCGCGCAGGGCCACGCUUUUGAUUUCUGAAUUUGUUCGCGGGUCAAACAAAUUCUUCCAAAUGUCCUCACCCUGGGACAAAUGCCUCAGCUACGCCCCCGACGAACCGGGCGAAGAAGUCGACAAGAUCAUCUUCCUCGCCGCCGAGUCUCUGCGCAUAGCGGGUAUUCUGCUGCAGCCCUACAUGCCGAACAAGGCGGCCGAGUUGCUGGACCAGCUGGGUGUGGCGCGCGAGAGGCGCGGGUUUGUGGAUGCGGUACCUGGUGCGGAUACGGGGUAUGGGGUGCCGAUGAGGGAGUUGGGGAGUGGGCAUGAGGGGGUUUUGUUUCCGGUUUUGGCGAGUGAUAUGUAG